ACGACACCAUUGAUGGAAAUAUUGGGACUAAAAGUAUUAAGUUUACUGAAGACCAGAAUAAGGAAGUGAUGAAGAAUACAGAGAAUUUGAAUUCAGUUAAAAAGCACAACAAUAAUAACAAUAUGAACAGAAGUAAUACAUUUCCGUCCAAUAAUAAAAAAGAUCACCGAAAGAAUAUCAGGACAAACCCGGAUCAGCUCAAUGGUGAUCACUACCCCCUGGGGAAAUAUUACGAAAUGAUAUCAUUAGAAGAGGAAAAGUCUGAGACAUUUAGCAAAACCAAACCCGAAGACCAAAAAUACGUCAAAUUUACCAAAAAGCAUUUGGUCCGCACUUACCCUAAGGGCGACUUAACUAACUAUAACCCAAUAGCGCACUGGAAUAUGGGCUCACAAUUGGUGGCACUUAACUAUCAGAUCACUGACAAACCAAUGCUUUUCAACGAAGCCCUGUUCGCAAUGAAUGGCAAAUGCGGUUACGUUUUGAAGUCUGAUUAUCUUAGAAAAGGCAAAGAGUACGGUAUGAGUGGCCGGAGUUCGGUAAUCAAUGCGCCGACCAGUAAAAUAAAAAAGAUUAUAAGCGGACAACACAUUCCCAAACCGGGAAAUUCAUUGGACGGCGAGAUUGUGGACCCGUAUGUGGAGCUCCGUGUGUACGGACAUCCGGCCGACUCUAAAACU